CCUAGGCACACUUGGCUGACCUCUACGUUCAUGGGUAGUUUAUCGAAAAGGAAAAUUAGUGGAGUCACCUGCCAACAAAUUGGGAAUUUUGAAAGAUAAGAGGCGUCCUUGCCAGUUAUAAAGCCAGUUUUAGGACAGACCAGUUAUAAUCUAAGAAAGCUGUUGUUAUGAAGGUAUUUUUGUUGUUUUCAUUCGUGUACGUUAGCCAGGCCUUAAUCGUAUGUCCGCCCGACGCCUGCGCCACGGUUAGGUGCGCAGCUGUUACAGCGGAGAACUGCAAUGGCGCCAUAAAACAAAAUGGCGGAUUCUGUGGAUGCUGCGACUCCUGCGAGAAUUACCUAGCUGAGGGAGACCGCUGCUUCACCUCCAUCUUACUGGGCAUGCCUUCCACCAGUCACUGUGGACCAGGGCUUCAUUGUGACAUGCACACGUUCAAAUGUGUCGCCAAUACAGAGAAAAGGGCUCUGAACCCAUGUGCCCAGGAGUUGUCCACUUUCACUGCCACCCAUGGCGGCAUGCCUUUAUUGGGCGCUCACAAGCCUCUGUGUGACGUUGAUGGAUACUACACACCUAAGCAGUGCCAAGGCUCACGAUGCUCCUGUGUAUCUAAAGAAGGAAAGGCAAUCGAGGGAUAUGGUGCCAAUGUUUGGGAGGCUCAGCAUAUGACCUGUCAAUGUGCACGUGACCAAUACGAGUACAUGCAGACAGGUUUGAUUGGUCGGCUGUUCUACUGCACCAGUGAUGGAAGUUAUCAGAACUACCAAUGUACUGGCGACGUCUGCCGAUGCACAGACUCCAAUGGUGACGUCAUUGCCGACUCUAAAGCUGUCCACAUCGGUCAAAUCGACAGUCUGAGAUGUUAGAGGAACUAAGAUCCUUCGAUCUUUAUGUAAAGCAAAUAAAACUUUAGAUUGUA